GCGCUGCGCAGGACGCCCUCCUGGAGCAGUCUCGUGGGACCUGAGCACCAAGAGAUGAGCUUCCUAGAGCAAGGAGAAAGCACUUCAUGGCCGUCACCAGCCAUGACCACCAGCUCAGAAAGAAGCCAUGGGGAACAGGGGACCAAGGCCUCGAGAUGGACAAGGCAGGAGGAUGCAGAGGAAGGGGAGCCGCCAGGCCUGGGGGAAGGUGUCCAGUCCAGGCCAGCUGCUGAGUCCACCGGGCUGGAGGCCCCAUUCCCCAAGGCCACACCCUGGACCCCAGCUGCUCCCUUGGCUGGGGUGGGCUCCCCCACAGCAGAGCGGGACAUCCUCCCUGCUGACUGUGCAGCCUCAGCCUCCGGCUCCAGCACAGAUGAUCUGGAUCUGGGCAUAGAGUUCUCGGCGACAGCAGCCUGGGGCAAUGAGCUCGGCCUGGUGGAAGAGAGGCCGGCCCCAUGCCCGUCCCCGCAGGCACCGUUACCCAGGCUGUGCUGGGACGAUGAGCUGCGGAAGCCAGGAGCCCAGGUCUACAUGCACUUCAUGCAGGAGCACACCUGCUACGAUGCCAUGGCAACCAGCUCCAAGAUGGUCAUCUUCGACACCAUGCUGCAGAUCAAGAAGGCCUUCUUCGCCCUGGUGGCCAAUGGCGUCCGGGCGGCACCUCUGUGGGACAGCAAGAAGCAGAGCUUUGUGGGGAUGCUGACCAUCACAGACUUCAUCUUGGUGCUGCACCGCUAUUACAGGUCCCCCCUGGUCCAGAUCUAUGAGAUUGAAGAACAUAAGAUUGAGACCUGGAGGGAGAUCUACCUUCAAGGCUCCUUCAAGCCUCUGGUCUCCAUCUCUCCCAGUGACAGCCUGUUCGAAGCCGUCUAUACCCUCAUCAAGAACCGGAUCCACCGCCUGCCGGUCCUGGACCCAGUCUCAGGCACUGUGCUCCACAUCCUCACACACAAGCGGCUGCUCAAGUUCCUGCACAUCUUUGGCACCCUGCUGCCCGGGCCCUCCUUCCUCUCCUGCACCAUCCAAGAUGUGGGCAUUGGCACGUUCCGAGACUUGGCCAUGGUGCUAGAAACGGCACCCAUCCUGACCGCACUGGACAUCUUUGUGGACCGGCGCGUGUCUGCACUGCCUGUGGUCAACGAAGCUGGACAGGUUGUGGGCCUCUACUCCCGCUUUGAUGUGAUUCACCUGGCAGCCCAACAAACAUACAACCACCUGGAUGUGAGUGUGGGAGAAGCACUGAGGCAGAGGACACUGUGUCUGGAGAAAGUCAUUUCCUGCCAGCCCCACGAGACCUUGGGGGAAGUCAUCGACCGGAUUGUCCGGGAGCAGGUGCACCGGCUGGUGCUCGUGGAUGAGACCCAGCACCUCCUGGGUGUGGUGUCCCUCUCCGACAUCCUUCAGGCUCUGGUGCUGAGCCCUUCUGGCAUUGACGCCCUCGGGGCAUGA